AUGACUUCUUCAAUCUCAGAUAAAUCCCCUCCGAGAGUUCCGACGACUUCCAUCGCUGCUGAAAUCUCAGACUCUCCCCUUCCAACUCCAGUGACUCCAUCUAAUCCACUUCACCCACGAAGCUGCACCUUUUGCCGCCAGCGGAAGGUGAAGUGUGAUCGCCAGAAGCCCUGUUCUCAUUGCCUCCGCGCUAAUAACGAUUGCUCAUAUCCCGCUGGUCGAGGUAGAGCUGCCAAGAAGCCUGCACGGACGCUGGAUACUCGUCUUGUUGAUCGACUCCAAAAAUUGGAAAACAUCAUCAAACAACUUAACAGUGAGGUCGAUGCUACAGCCAAUGCUGUUCCAUCUGGCAGUGGCACAGAUGGAGAAAGUGUAUCCACGCCCGGUGGCAUGAGGAAUGGCCCGCCCGGAGUGGACAAUUCUGCCCCUGACGCUUCCAUCGACCAGCAACUUGGUCGUCUGAUGAUAGAUGAUAGCAAGAGCUACUACGUCAGUAACAUUCUAUGGGCCAACCUGGGAAACGAAAUCGAAGAAUUACGCGACAUGUUACAGGACACUCUGUCUGAAGACCAUGUCAAUAACCCUACUGAGCCAUCGACCCCCAUACACGAGGUGGCCUCACCUCUUGGAACAAGCGCUUCAGUCCUCGGAUAUCGAUCCCUCUGUCACUCUCUUCAUCCCUAUCACCCUCCUAUGCACCUAUCAGUCACUCUCCUGAACAUCUUCAUCGAAAAUGUCCUUCCGCUAGUGCAUAUCCUUCAUAUGCCUACCACAGAACAGUGGUUCUGGGACUCCAUCAUCUCACUUGAUACAAUCGAUAGAAACUCAGAAGCCCUGCUAUUUGCCAUAUACUACUCGGCAGUCAUCAGCAUGGAUGAUGGACAGUGUUUAGGCGUCCUCGGGGAGUCACGGUCUACUUCGCUAAACAAGUUCCGCUUUGCAGUCGAGCAAGCUAUGGCGCGCGCCAACUUGCUGAAUACGCAGAGCCUCGUUCUUCUCCAGGCUGCUGUCCUAUUCCUCUCAGGUCUCCGAAACGAAGACGACUCCAGAACGACAUGGUCUUUGACAUCGCUGAUUUUUCACAUCGCUCAAGCCAUGGGCCUGCACCGUGACGGAACUACUUUUGGCCUCAAACCAUUUGAUACAGAAUUACGGCGGCGGCUCUGGUGGCAUAUAUGUCUACUAGACAUGCGCUCUUCUGAGUUCCACGGUUAUGAACCUAUAGUAGGAGAAGACGUGUUCGACACAAAGGUUCCCCUGAACAUCAAUGAUAAUGAUAUCACCCCCCAUAUGACGGAGACUCCUCAAGAGCAUGAGGGAUACACUCAGAUGACGUUCUGUCUGAUCCGUUGCGAGGUAAUGAAAGCUGGCUGGAAGGUUGGAUAUGCAUCACUGUCUCCAAGGUCGACAGCCACCGCAGUACGAGGUGAUGGUGAACUAAAUGCCCAAGAACUCAAGACCCGAUUAGAAGAACGCUAUCUGCGUUACUGUGACGAGUCCGUGCCAUUCAUACUGUUCAUAUCAAAGGUCGCCCAACUCAUCGUUGCCCGCACAGGGCUCAUCGUUGACUUCCCGAGGAAACAGAGGGACGCAUAUGCCUCGGCAGCCAUUCGAGACCGACUAUUUUCCAGUUCGAUGGAAGUUCUCGAACUUUCGUAUUUUAUCUUGGCCAAUAGCAGUAUCUCGAAGUGGACAUGGCACUCUAAAGCGCAUAUCCAGUGGCAUGCAGUAAUCUUUGUGCUGUCUGAAAUCUGCUCUCGUCCAGCGUCUCCGGAAUGCGAUCAGGCUUGGGAGUUUAUCAAUACAGUUCAUAAUCGAUGGGGUAUGAAUGAAAGGGGUAAGAGAGGGAACCUCUGGAGACCGAUUCAGAGACUCAUGGUCAAGGCUCGUUAUGUAAGGGAGAUGCAACAACUAGAUCCAGGUUUUCAUCUUCCUAGGAGAACGGCUAUGACUGAUGCGACACCCGUGCAACCUGAAAGUGCUGGAUCCCAGCAGGAAACUCAAGAUUCAUACGGUAUGCCUGACAUGGCGAGUCCGGAUGCGUGUAUGGAUUGGAUGCUGGGAGAUCUUGGUAUAGACCUGUACGGUGGAAUGAUGAAUGGACCCAGCUGGGGCUAG